AUGGUCGUUCUCCGCUGUGUGUCUCCGGCGACCCCGCCGCUAUCGCGUGGCUGUUCCCGCCGGCCACCACAGCUCCGGGGAGAAGGCCCUCGCCGGAGAUGGGCUCCCAUCGGCGGCGCCGUCCGCUGCGCCACCACCUCUCCGCCGUCGCCGGCGCUGAGGACUUGCCGCCACUGCAAGAAGCAGUUCGAUCCCUCCCUCAACCACCCCGCCGCCUGCCGCUUCCACACAGCCCACUUCGGCGGUAAACUCUCUCUCUCUCUCUCUCUCUCUCUCUCUAUCUAUAACUUGCCCACCAUCUCUGACGUUUUCUGUUCUGGGCCUGAAUUUGGGUGGAAACAGGUGAGACGAAGAGGAAGUUCGAGAGCGUCUACACGGGGGGCACCUUGAACACGCCGGACUCCGGGAAGGUCCUCCAGUACUGGCACUGCUGCGGCUCUGAGGACCCGUCCGACCAGGGCUGCACGCUGGGCCCUCACUCCUCCUACGACGACGACUGA